AUGUCAUCUAUAAAGCCUGUCUUAAAUGUUCCUGUUAGUAAUACAAAUGUUAUUGUAACUCCUUCAUUAAUAUCAUUUCGAAAACUUGGCAUACAGUGCGACAUCACUAUUGCUCUGGCAUUGAUUCAGAUCAUCGUUGCAAUAAUCGGAUUAAGUGUAUACUGCCCAUUUGGUAUAUAUAUUCUUAGUUUCAAUCAAUACUUCAAUACAUUUUGGGUAGCAGGACCGAUGCUCGUACUUGGUGCUGUAGGCCAUUUCAUAAAUAGAAGAAGCAAUCAUUCAGAAAGAGAUAUCCUAAUUCAAAAAAUCCUCUCUAUUGUUUGCUUACUAUGUUUAUUCGGAGGAUAUGUGAUACUGGGAAUUACUAUGCGUAUAUUAAUCAACGCAGAAACAUAUAUUAAAGUUAUAUGCGAAUUCGAUCAAGAAAUAAAGUCUGAAACACUUCAACCAGUUGCGAUGGCGGUUGUGAUAGUCCAAAUAUGCUUGUAUCUCUACUACCUCGUCAUCAGCAGUUUAACGAAGAGAGCUUUCACAUACCGCUUAAGUGUGCUUAUGGCUACAAGUAGCCAAACAUUGACCGUUCCAUCAUCAUCAAAUCCUAGACAGUCACGUAGUGAGACUCCUCAAAAAACUCUUCCUGCUCAUUAG